GCGUUCAGCGGUGGCCGCGGAAGCAAUUCAAGGUUGCACAACGAUGUGUUACAUGACCUAACCAAGGUGCGUUUGGUAAGAAAAACCUUCAGUUUCAUUUACCUAACGUCGUGCGUCCUAAGAUGACCAAUUGUCCAAGAUGUCUACAACAGCAGGACGAGUUUUCGGCGGUCUGAGUCGGGGAAUAUUUGUUCACAGCGCAGCUUCGACCGUGAGCAGACUGAAUGGUGUGCGGUCCCUAGCUGUGAGCUUGCAGAGAACAGCAAAGUCCACAGAUGAUGAUCAAGAGGUGAAGAAUGAGCCCAUCAAGUUCUCCACCAGUAAAGCCAGUUUCAGAACCUGGAAAGUGGACCGCUCCCUGGGGAGCCAAUAUAAGCGUCCUUGGUGGAGGGUCCUCCCAUUCAGCCUGCUCACCGCCAGCUUCCUUCUGUGGUGUGCACUGAGAGAAGAGACUGACAUUGAUGCAGAGCUGGAGAAGCAUCUGUAUGAGCGGAUACCCAGCUUGCUUUCAGAUGAAGAGGAGGAGCAAGAUAAAUCAAAUUAACCAAUGUUGGACUUGGGAUGUAUAUAUUUAUUGUGAAAUGUCUAAUAGUUCUAGCUGUGGCGCAAACUCAGUGCUCUGACAACCCUGGAGGUGGAGUAGUGAAGCCGUCCAGUACUAUGGAAGCUUGUUUUUCCAGCAGUUACAAAUUGUUUGACCAUAACAUGGAUUAAAAUGCCUUGAUUGAGACACUGAA